CAGUGAACUUUGAGGCCCUCAUUAUUGCAAUGGCAGUAGUAGGUGGGAUCAUCUUGUUGAGUGUCAUAGUGUGCUGUUACUGUUGUUGUUGUCGAAGUAGCUCUUCAAGAUUUGAUCGAGAUGAAGAAAUAAUGGCUAGAAGACGUGAAGAAAGAAAGCAGCGUGCAGAGGAGAGGAAAGCAGAAAGAAAAAUAAAAAGUGAUGAAAUUCGAAAGAAAUAUGGCCUUGUUCGAGACUCUGAUCAUCCAUAUAGCAGAUUUGAGAAUGAAUGAUUUAAACUGUGAAGGGAACAUCGCCUUUUGAAAGCUGAACCCCACAAUCUUAUAACAUUUGACAAAAAAGAAAGUGAUAACUUUGUGACAGUAUGAACCUUGUAGCUGCAACUUGGAUCUUUUUUUUCAGGACAUACAUUUUGUAAAGGUGUUAGUUUUAGUUGUGCUGUGUAGAUAGAUGCUUUUUCAGUUCUUAUACUGUUUUCUUUACUCCCACAAGGGCAGAUCUGUCUGUGUCAGUAGAACCGUGUGAAUGCUUUUCAAACCCGAGUUUUCAUUCUAUGUACAUUCCUGUCUACAUUUCUUCUUUAUUUUCUGAUCUAGUUAAGCAAUUUAUGUAUUUAUAAUAUUCCAUUUCAGUGUGUGCCAGAACAUGUAACACAAGUCAUUUUGAGAGAUUUUUUUCAAUUUUUCAAAUAAAGUAUUCAAAUACAAUAUAAAUGACUGUGCUCAACUAAACAUUUCUGCUUGUAUAGCCUGGUAUUUACUUUCAGAUUCUUUAAGCAUUCUUAAGGAUUUUUCCCAAAUGACUGAUUCUGUUUUGUUUGCCUUUGCUUGCAUACUUUCUAAAACAAUGAAAUAAAAGUAUUCUUUGUAUGUUAUAAAGAUUUUAAAUUAAAUUAUUUUUCCUUA